AUGCCCGCCGGGCGAAAGCGUGGGCCUGGUCCCAAGGCUUGCGACCCUUGUGCCCGGGCAAAGCUGGCGUGCGACGGCGACAAUCCCUGCGAGGGAUGCUUGCUUCGUCAUGUAUCGUGCUCAUGGAAACGCGUUGAAAAGACUCCGGCUCCUGAAGUCAACUUGUCGCCCACAUUGGAUCCAUCUGGAGGUGAGGCUUCGGUCGACCAUGGAUCAAGUCCUUCUUCAACACCGCAAUCCAUCAGCUGUAACCCAAGUGCGAAGUAUCUACUGCAGUUCACGUUGUCUAGUAACAAGACAAUAUCUGACCUUCGAGAUGCCUUGGAAAUCGACACCUGCAUCCCUCCGGACAUCACCGCCUCCUCACCAGGGCCCGACGGCCAACAGGCAUCGGUUGGUGAAGACUCGGGCUUUCCUUUCUUUCUUGACAGUGGAGCACCAUACAACAGUUUUCCAUUCACGAUACCCCACGAUGACCUCCAGGGAGAUGCCUUCCUUGCGGCAAAUGGUGGGAUACCGGAGCGUUUGUCUCUCCAACGUCGCAUACCUGAUCUAUCGCGACUGCUUCAAUCUGACGGCACCGGCCGUUUUAUAGGCUGUCAUCACUCUCAGUCAGCUCGGAGAAAUCCUGUCUUUUCAAAAAUCAUGACUUUGGAUAAUGCGCAGAAAGCUCUACAUGCCUUUUUCAGACGUUUGUAUCCGUACCAUGCCGGGAUACACCAGCCAUCAUUCAACAUUGACCAAGCCUCACCGCACUUACUGUUGGCCAUAAUAGUGGCAGGGUCCAUAUAUACGCUACCCCGAGAACUGAGACUGGUGGCAUUCAGCUGCCUCGACACGUUGGAGCAUGUGGUCUUUGAGAGCAGAGAGCUUGAGAUGCUCAUCACGGGGGGCUCAGGCGCACACGUCUCAGAUAUGCAACUGGACCUUGUGAACGCGGCUGUCAUCGCUGUCUAUCUUCAGCUUGGUAUGAGAGGAAAAUUAAAGUUCUGGCGAACAUGGAAUAUUUACUUCCCCAUGGUUCUCGCUGCCGCACGAUCGUUGUCUCUCUUCUCUACCCGUAAGGCCGGUAUUGAAAGUUGUUCGCCUUCCUUCUUUGCAUCCUGGGACCUCUGGGUCAAGACAGAGAGAAUGAUAAGAACUGGAUUCUCAAUCUAUCUUCUUGACGGCCAAGUUAGCAUUCUUUUCCGCACCACACCAAAGAUAAACCUCAACGAAAUGGUUCUAGAUAUUCCGUCAAGAGAGGCCGCCUUCAGAGCUCGAACUUGCGAAGAUUGGAUCCUCAUGGAUCCGUUCUUGGUUGAUCCUCCUGCCACUUCUUUUGCAACAUUCAUGCAGCAGCUCAUGGCUGACAGCGACAUGGACAUUUCCGAGAGUACAGCUGAAGCAAUUCCAUUCAGUGCAUUGUUAUUUGCCAUCUGUGCCUUCCACAACUUGAUCUUCUUAUCUCAGGCCAAUCCAUUGAUGGAUUUGGUCAUGAUUCGCUUGACGCCCUUGGGGAGUUUGUAA